AAAAAUACGUUUGCUGUAUGCUAUUUAAAAACCGCGCUCUAGCUGUAAUCGUUGCGCAUGCCCUUUUAAGAAUUCUUUCCGGUCCUGUCGUUCCAUCUAGGAUUUCAAAAUGGGACGUUAUUCGCGUGAACCUGAUAAUGCAACCAAAUCAUGCAAAGCCCGUGGUUCCAAUCUUCGUGUGCAUUUUAAGAAUACACAUGAAACCGCUAUGGCAAUUAAAAAAUUACCUUUACGUCGCGCUAUCCGUUAUUUAAAGAACGUAAUUGAACAUAAAGAAUGUGUACCAUUCCGUAGAUUUAAUGGUGGUGUUGGUCGUUGCGCCCAAGCCAAACAAUUUGGCACAACUCAAGGUAGAUGGCCAAAGAAAUCAGCUGAAUUUUUAUUACAACUUCUCCGUAAUGCCGAAAGUAAUGCUGAUUAUAAAGGUCUUGAUGUUGAUAGAUUAGUGAUUGAUCAUAUUCAAGUAAACCGAGCGCCAUGUUUACGGCGACGAACAUACAGAGCUCAUGGUCGUAUUAAUCCAUACAUGAGUUCACCAUGUCAUAUUGAAGUAUGUUUGACUGAAAAGGAACAAGUUGUUGCAAAAGCUACCGAUGAUGAACCAUCAAAGAAAAAAUUAUCAAAAAAGAAGCUUGCUAGACAAAAAGAGAAAAUGAUGAGAGAAUAGAUGAUGAUUAUUUUAUAAAAUAUUCUGUAAAACAAUAAAAUAAAUAAAAAAUUUGUUGUAAAAUUUGUUUUUGUUAAUAAAAAUAAAUUUUCCAACUUGAUUUUGAAAUAUACUUUUUUCUUAAUGUUUGUACGUCUUAUCAAGUGAGGAUCAAGUACAAAAAUGAUACAUUCUUA